GAUCUUAUCCCCCCACGGAAACACGGACACCGUCCUUAUUGGCGCUCCUGCAUACCGGUGCAGCUAUUGGGUGUCAAUCUCACGCAAAAAGAGGGGGGAACAGAGAGAGAGAGAGGUGUGUGCACGGGAUGCUGUGAUGUCUGGUCGCCACUGAGAGGAUGCUAUCGAUCAGGCGUGCAAAUGCUUCCUUCUCCGCUUUGAUAAGCAUGGUCGUGUGCGCGUUUAGACUCUUUCUGCUCCUCGUAAACAAAUUGGACAAGGUAAUGUGAGCGGGGACCGCACUGGGUCAUUAAUGCAAAACUCCUCAGCGCUGUUCGGGAUGGUGAGCCACUGCCAGACCCCUGCUUUCACCGACUUCACUGGCUUGACGCUCUCCGUGUACGGCAGCAAGGGAGACAUCUGUGCGCGACGAGCAGGGAACGGCUUUGGAUCGCAGAUUUGCCGGAGCCCUCAUGACACCCCGACUCACAUGAACUGCGCCAGCCCGAAGCGACUCUCCGCGUCCGAGGAAAAAGCGCGUCUGUCAGGCAAAACUGCGCGCUUGUGCUUCUCUCUCCCACCGGUGCAAGUGAAUGGGACCUACUGCUCAGAGAAAGAUGCAAAUGCUGAGCUGGGCAAUGCCGAGGGCCCCCUGAUGCGAUGUGGGCAGAGCCUGCUGCUUCCAGCGGGGGGUCAUUCGGAGGGGCUUUACUCCCAGAGCCUCCAGUGCAGCAGACCUACACCUGACCUCCUUCUGCAGGAUGGGCCUCAUCAUGACGCCAGAUCCUCCUCUGCCUUCGGGAGGACCCUGCCAGGGGCCUCACCCAGCCUGGGCUGCGGUGCCAGCGGCGUUCGCUCCUCUCUCCCUUACCCAGUCAAACAGGAGAGCUCGAUGGGCUACAAGAUCUCCAACGUGGAGUCUUCAUCUCAGGCUGGAUUUCAGGCCCACGCUGCAGGCCAAGUUUUGGAGGUGGCCAGGGAUGAGAUGGUUGGGUCACUGCAUGUUAGCAACAGCGGUAAUGGCGUAUGUGCAGUGAGCGGUGUAGGUAGCGCUGUGCCAGGAGACGCAGGACAACCGUUUAAUAAUGAAGAUGGCUCCUCCCCGCUGGCUUUGUCUCCAAUUGGCUCUCGUCAUUCAGCGCGGCUGCUCAGCGCUGGCAGUCUGAAGAGACGCUGCCUGUCCCUGGCCUCGCAAUCCACCGCCGCUGCUGCCACCGGUUCCCCAUCAGCUGUUGGCACCGCUUCUGAGGAGAUCAAUAUCACCGCAAUCAUCUGCUCCUCCUCCCAGAUGUCGAUGGUCGCCUGCGUCAACGGGUUCCGUGCUAACCUCUCGCCAAGCAACACCAGCAGCGCCGGCUUCUCUUCCUCCUCCUCCUCCUCUACUGCUUCCCCACCCUCUAACUCCUGCUCACGGGAAGCCCCCCAGAGGCCCCCACCACACAGCAGCCCCCAGCAGGCUGCACUGCAGGAGAGCUGUCAGCUGUCCUCACCUGCCACCUGCCUGUUGUCUCUUUCCUCUUCCUCAUCCUCUUCUUCAGUGUCAUUAGGGGAGCCGGAGCAAGGCCAAGGGCAGAGCCUGGGGCUGUGCGAGGAGCAGGGCUCCAUGCUGCAAGGGCGUGGGGCUGGAGGAACAGCUGAGGGAGGAGGAGGAGGAGGCUCAGACGGGUUGGGGCUACUGAUGAGUGGGGCCCUGAUGUCUGGGACUCUGCAUUCGGGGCCUCAGGGUGGGGGUCUCCCAGAUGGGGGCCAAAGAUCUGGGGCUGUCCUCAAGCAGGAACCGCUCGAUGACUUCUCUCCCAGCGAAGACAAACUCUUUCAGCACCACUAUCAUCAUCACCAUCACUUAAGUGGGCGCAGUGGGAAUCUUCGUCACGCUCACCACCCACCUCGAUCGGCCAUGCCUCCGCCUUACCACUUGCACCAAUAUGUGGGGCCCACUCCCAACGGCCCACUACACCAUCACAACCAGCAGACAACUCCAGGCUCUUCCCUCGGACUCAAACCAACCUCAGGAGGCCCUGCGGUGGCCCACGCAGCCCCCGAGCCGGAAGAAGUCGGAGGAGGAGGGCUGGUGGAUAAACAGGUGUGUCGCUGGAUUGACUGCAGUGCUGCUUUUGAGCAGCAGGAGGAGCUUGUGAGACAUAUUGAAAAGGUCCACAUCGACCAACGCAAAGGUGAGGACUUCACCUGUUUCUGGGCUGGCUGUAUUCGGCGCUACAAGCCCUUCAAUGCACGCUACAAGCUGCUCAUUCACAUGAGGGUCCAUUCUGGAGAGAAACCCAACAAGUGUAUGUUCGAGGGCUGUAACAAAGCGUUUUCUCGUCUGGAGAAUCUGAAGAUCCACCUGAGGAGCCACACAGGAGAGAAGCCGUACCUGUGCCAGCACCCUGGCUGCCAGAAAGCUUUCAGCAACUCCAGCGAUCGGGCCAAGCAUCAGCGCACUCACCUGGACACGAAACCAUAUGCAUGUCAGAUCUCCGGUUGUACCAAGCGCUACACGGAUCCCAGCUCCCUACGCAAACACGUCAAGAUCCACUCAGCCAAAGAGCAACAGGUGCGUAGGAAGCUUCGGCCCUGCCCUCACCUGGAGCAGGAUGUCCUGAGCGACUGUCUGUCCAUGCAGCACCUCCAGAGCUCCACCUCUACGCAGCACCUCUACAAUGGCAAAGAUGGCCAUUCUCCUGCAUUGGGCCAAGACAUGUUCACAGGCCUGUACACUGGCUCCAGUACCCCCCAUCACAGCGCCCCAGUGGAGCUGCUCACCCCCAACUCUGGCUCCACCGCUGACCUGCCGACCCGACAGCACCGACUGGAUCGAGACCUCGGCAGCCCUCACCACCUGUCCCCGCUGGCUGCCAUGGACGGCACGAGAGACGGGGUGUCGGGUUCCCUCCUGUCUCCUGGGAUGAAGACAGCGGGGACAUCGCCUCCUCCACUGGAGAAACAGCAUGUCCACCCUCACCACAAGCUUUACCCUCACUAUCACCAGCAUCAGCCUGCCAGCGACGAAUACCAAGGCAGCUUCCAGAGCUGCUUCCAUUUCGGAGACUCCUACAGGAUGGAGCAGACAGUCGGUGGCGUCCACGUCCCGGGAGAUUCUCACACCUACACUUCACAUCAGCCCAAUGGCUUCCACAUGUCGACGAGCAACACCGGCUCUGCGGGCUUCAGCUUGACCCAGGAGCUGCAGGGAGGCGGCGGUUGCCAAUUCUUAUCCAGCCCAGAGGAUAGCAUUUUCUUCCAGGUGGGCAGCUUUGACCGUAGCUUGAGCCACAUGUCCUCCAUCUACACAGAGACAUAAAGGAACACAGGAGCAAGACAGGCUUCACCAC